CUGUACAUUUUCAGCUCACCGCCUUACUACGAACUCAGCGGUCCGUCGUUGUUGGAAUCUCAAAAACUGAAUAUCAAACAUGCACUAAACGAAUUGUAUGGCAAUAACAUUGGACAACCGGUGUUGUACGAGUGGAUUGCGCACGUGAAGAGUUAUCUGGCUGAAUGCGCCGAAUCCAGUUCCAGGGAGCCAAAAAGGCCGAAUGAGGGAGCAUGCGUUGUUGCCAUCCCCGAUACUGCACUAUUGACUACUGAUCGACUUGUACGCCUUCCAACCAUUAUCAGCAGCAAUACGAUAUUGGACCGGAGAAGCACUUUCCAGGCACAUGUUGCUGAGGUUUUCAGCAAGGAAGAGGUAAGCUGUCUGUCUUAUCUUCAAGAACAGGUAAUUCUGGCACUGAACAAACUGAAAGAAAAUAACAAAAUCGCUCGAGCAACGCAUAACAUAUACGCCUGGUUGACCGAGGAAUUCGUCAAAGGUCGAUGGAUCAGACAGCACGAUUGCGAUGUAAUUUUUCGUUUUUUUCAUGGGGGUUUUUUUUUUUUUCUUUUUGAAACUACCUUUAUGAAGUUUUGA